GCUACUUCCAUUGCCUUGAACCCUUCUCCCCUUGAUCUCUGAGAAAAAAAAAAAAAUCAAGAUCAUGAGUUUCCCCUGCUUUGCCUUCAAAAUUACAAAAUGUGUCGCUACCUUGAUCCUGCUAUCUUUCUUACGCUGCUUCAUGCCAAUGCUCCGAGCGGGGCUUGCUCGUCUUGGUCUACUCAAACGAGCGGAAGAAGCAUAUAAUUCCGAUGACUUUAACGUCACGGGUUAUGUUCUUUUAAGGUAUCGUGGAUCUCUCAGGGAAGUCCCAGUCACGGUUCAGGAGCUGACUGGCCAGAUCAAGAUGAGGCUACCGGUGGUGGAAUACGCAGAGUUCAUCAAAAUUAGAUUACCAGAAAAAGAUGGUGAUUACCACCAUAGAUUGUGCAGCGUGUGCUUGAGUGAUAUCGAGGAAAGGGAAGAGGUGAGACAGCUGUGCAAUUGUUGCCAUGCUUUUCAUAGAGAAUGCUUAGAUUCGUGGGUAGAUGAGGGUCAGGUGACUUGUCCGGUGUGUAGAUCCUUGCUGUUUCCGCCCGAGACCGAGGCCGAGCAGAUUAUUCACGGGUAUACUUGAGCAAUAAUUGUCUUGUAAUUAUUACUACUACGGAAAUUUAUUUAAAGAUUAAUUAA